AUGUCUAGGCGGGAACCCGCAGCCAACGCUUCCUCCUCGGGCGUUGCUCCCCGGCGAAGCUCGACCGGGUCCCGGGGCGCCGACCGGAAGGCGACGGAGGAGACGAACCGGAGAGGCCGGGUCCGUAGCAGGGGUGCGGGCGGCGGCUGGAGGGAGCCCGCCGGUGCCGCCGAGGCUACGGCCGCCGGCCGCCACGAACCGCCGCUCUGCUUCGGGGUGAAGAACGACGUGGUGGGCGCGGUGAUAGGUGAGCGCGGGCGGCGCCCAGGCUCGCUGCGUGACGGGGCAGCGGGCGUCGGGGCUCCAGCAGCGCGGGGGCGCGGUUCUGUGGCGGGCCGGGGCGUGUGCGGGAGAGAACCUCCUGGAAGACUCGCGCGGCGUCCGCGGACCUACUUCAAAGCUAAUUUUGUCAAAAAUCUUUUAACAGAUAUUAUUGCAUUCCAACCUACUGUCGGAGCAGAUACCAGCACAAGUGAGAGUGUAACAGACGAUCAGCCAUUGAUAGAUUGGGAUCAAAUUCGAGAAGAUGCUUUGAAAUGGGAAAAGAAAAAGUGGGCAGAUUUACCUCCAAUUAAGAAAAACUUUUACAUAGAGUCAGCAACGACAAGCUCAAUGUCACAAGUGCAGAUAGACAACUGGAGGAAAGAAAAUUUUAAUGUAACAUGUGAUGACUUGAAAGAUGGUGAGAAGCGCCCUAUCCCCAACCCUAUAUGUAAAUUCGAAGAUGCCUUUCAAAGUUACCCAGAAGUUAUGAAAAACAUUAAAAGAGCAGGCUUUCAAAAACCUACACCGAUUCAGUCACAGGCAUGGCCAAUAGUUCUGCAAGGAAUAGAUCUUAUUGGAGUAGCACAAACUGGAACAGGGAAGACACUGUCCUAUUUAAUGCCUGGAUUUAUUCAUCUAGACUCUCAACCACUAGCUAGAGAACAAAGAAAUGGGCCUGGCAUGUUAGUCCUUACGCCCACCCGGGAAUUAGCCCUUCAAGUAGAAGCUGAAUGUUCUAAAUAUUCAUAUGGUGAUCUUAAAAGUGUUUGUGUAUAUGGUGGUGGUGAUAGAGAUGGACAAAUACAAGAUGUUUCAAAAGGUGUAGACAUCAUUAUUGCAACUCCUGGAAGAUUGAAUGACCUACAAAUGAAUAACUUUGUCAAUCUGAAAAGUGUAACCUAUUUGGUUUUAGAUGAAGCAGACAAGAUGCUGGACAUGGGAUUUGAACCCCAGAUAAUGAAGAUUUUGUUAGAUGUACGCCCAGACCGGCAGACUAUUAUGACAAGCGCUACUUGGCCAUACGCCGUCCGCCGUCUUGCACAAUCUUAUUUGAAAGAACCAAUGAUUGUCUAUGUUGGUACUUUGGAUCUAGUUGCUGUAAAUUCAGUGAAACAAGAUAUAAUCAUUACCACAGAAGAAGAGAAACGAACUCAUAUCCAGACCUUCCUUGAGAAUAUGUCACCUAAAGACAAAGUCAUUGUCUUUGUCAGCAGAAAAGCCGUUGCUGAUCACUUAUCAAGUGAUCUGAUACUCCGACACAUAUCAGUGGAGUCUCUGCAUGGCAACAGAGAACAGAGUGACCGAGAGAAAGCGUUAGAGAACUUUAAGACAGGUAAAGUGAGAAUACUUAUUGCUACUGACUUGGCAUCUCGAGGUCUUGAUGUCCAUGAUAUCACUCACGUCUACAAUUAUGAUUUUCCACGGAACAUUGAAGAAUACGUACACAGAGUAGGACGCACUGGGAGAGCAGGGCGCACUGGAAUGUCAAUUACCCUUAUCACAAGAAAUGAUUGGAGGGUUGCCACUGAAUUGAUUAAUAUUCUGGAAAGAGCAAAUCAGAAUAUCCCAGAGGAACUUGUCUUAAUGGCUGAGAGAUACAAAGCAAAUAAACUAAAAAGAGAGAUGGAAAAAAAAAUGGGAAGACCUCAAGGAAAGCCCCAGAAGUUUUACUAAUGUCGCGUGUAGCACUUGGUGCCACAGGAUUCGAGAUUGUUUUCAAAGUGAAAUUGUUGAAGCACACAUCAAUAUGAAGAGACUUGGC